CCUGCGGAUCCUGUUUAUAUGUCCAAUACUGUUGUGUUUUUUUGUCUCUCUAUUCUCAAUAAAAAUAUCAGUCUCAUUCCCUUAUAUAUAUAUGUAUACACUCCAACUCUCUCUUUCUUGACGCAGAACCAAGAAGAAGACAAAGGCCAGCCUUUGUUUUCCUCAUCAGAUCUCUUCCACCAAGAAAAGGAGAGCCAAUCCCGCCAAUGACACGGCUGAACACAGUCAAAAUAGCAUACAACAUAUAGAUACACAAGGGCAGAACAUAUAUAUUUAUAUAUAUAGACACCCAAGCAGGACGUUUAUAGUUGCAGAGCAGUGAAAGUAAAUGAGGUGUAAGAAGCACCCAACGGACCUGAGUAGCACCGUGGGCGUCUGCGCCUCGUGUCUCCGCGAGCGGCUCUUCGAGCUCAUGGCCGCACAAGCCCAAGCCCAGCAGCACCUGCAAGCCCAAUUGACGCAAGAGGCCCAACCACGGCCACGCGCCUCCGCGGCAGAAUCGCACAGGAAGUCCGACACCGAACCCCCGCCUCUGCUAUUCCCUCGCUCCGUCUCUCCUUACGUCGCUCGACGGAAAUCUGACGACACCACCACUAACAAUUGGGAUAAUCACUUCGAUCUCCGAUUCUACAGUACUCCUCAGGUGGGGACCAUCUACAACACCGUCAAUGGAAUCACCACUUCGACCACGAAGUCCAGAUCUUUAAUCAAGCUCGGGGGAUUCUCUCGUCUCUCUAGACUAUUUAGGCCCAGAUCCGAUAAGUUCGAUCCGGAUCCAAAUAGAAACUCGGAUUCCAGAGAUUCAUGCGAAGCUUCGUCAUCUUCACCGUCCUGGUUCGCGAAUAUAUUCAGAGCUGGACGGAAGAAGAAAUCGAGGUUCGCAGUGGAGGAUUCUUCCGUUACCGUAUGCCGCAGACCUCGGAGGAGGGCGGAUCGGGGAAUGUCGCCCGUAGGAGGAUUAGAAACCGAUUGUGACGAUUCCGAUCGUUGUCCUUCAGGUAGUGGAGACUCUGAAGAGUCGUCUCAAGUACGAAGAACGCCGGUGGGAGGGCCACUGGCGGCACGGCGAGGGAAGCCAGGGCAAGGCCGCAACAUGUCGACAGGGUUGGCAUUUUGCUUGAGUCCGCUCGUGAGGGCGAGCCCGAGCAGGCAAUGGAACCAGAAGGGAGGUUUGCCGCCGGAUUUAGGAUAUUCCAGCGACUUUCGUGUUCCGGUAAAUCCACAUAUUGCGUAUUGCGCGAACCGGUCCAGGAAAUUGGCGGAUUUCGGGAGAGUCAAUCACAACCGUUAACUGGCAUUUUGACUCCGGUGGUGACGUUGAGUAUAUGCAUGUACGGUUUUGCCCUUCCUGAUUUUCUCCCAAUUUAUCAUUUUUUGGGCUGCUUCAUAUAUCGUCGAAAAAUUAAAUUACAAAUUCCUUAGUAAAAAAAUUCGUGAUUAUGUAGUAUACGUAAAAAAUGGUUAUUGAAGAAAAUAAUUUUUAUUUAUUUGUGCACAAAAAUAUAGCUCUUUAUCUUAUGGUUUUA